AUUAAAUUAAAUGAGUCGAAAAUUCACAUGGUAAGAAGUUGGUCAAAAUGCUAAAAAUGGAUGGAUUGUUAUUGGAGAUUCAGUCUAUGGACCAUAAGGAUUUUUAGAUUCUCAUCCUGGAGGUCCAGCUGUUAUUAGAAAUAAGGCUGGUAAAGAUGUUACUAGAUUCUUUAAUGAAAUGGGUACUACUACAUUAUAUUCAAAUCAAGGUCAUUCAGAUAAAGCUCACGAUAUUUUGAAAUCUUUGAAAAUUGGAGAGAUUGAUAAAAAUUCAAAACCAGAUAGUUGGUAAGUAGAUAAAGAUCAAAGACUUGUAGCAAUUACUUCCAUAUUGCUAAUUUUGGCUUUUGCAUUUGUAUAUUUUUGUGUUUUGAAAAAAUGAAUUUUGUACAUUAUAU